UUAAUUUCUAAAACUGCUUUGGCGGUCGCAGAUAAUGGUGUUUAAAAGGGACGGAAAGCAAAGGCACAGUCUCCGUAGAGUAGUAGAAGUUAGAACACAAACUGCCGGUGGUUUCACAGUUGAGAGGAUAUGGAGACUGGAAUUAGGAUUUUAGAAGAAUUACAUGACAGAGCUCCGUAUCUUCCUCUCCAUGACGAAGACACUAUUAACUCCGACGAUUCUCGGUUGAAGCUGCUCGGAUACAAGCAAGAGCUCAGUCGACGCCUCAGUGCUCUCUCGAAUUUUUGUGUGACAUUCUCUAUCAUUUCGGUGAUCACUGGUCUGACGACUACGUUCAAUACGGGCUUAGCGUUCGGAGGAACGUUGACAAUGGUAUACGGAUGGCCAAUCGUAGGCUUCUUCACCCUCAUCGUAGGUCUUUCCAUGGCCGAGAUCUGCUCUUCCUUCCCGACCUCCGGUGGCCUUUACUACUGGAGCGCAAAGCUCUGCGGCUACGAUUGGGGCCCUUUCGCUUCCUGGCUCACUGGCUGGUUGCUUUCAAAUUUUGCGUUCUCGUUUUCGAUUAUAUCGGUGCUUACAGGGAUAACUACCCUUUACAAGACUGGGCUUACAUUUGGGGGACCUGUUGUUAUGCUUUAUGGGUGGUUUAUUUGUGGUCUCUUCACCAUGUUUGUUGGGUUGUCAAUGGCUGAGAUAUGCUCUUCUUACCCAACCUCGGGUGGUCUCUACUACUGGAGUGCCAAGCUUGGUGGCAGGGAUUGGGCUCCCUUUGCCUCAUGGUUGACGGGCUGGUUCAACAUUGUUGGUCAGUGGGCUGUCACAACAAGUGUGGAUUUUUCACUGGCACAACUAAUUCAAGUGAUCAUUCUGCUUAACACUGGGGGAAAAAAUGGUGGUGGAUAUGAGGCUUCUAAAUAUGUAGUUAUUUGCUUCCAUGGUGGAAUUCUACUCAUUCAUGCCAUCAUAAAUAGCCUUCCUAUAGCCAUCUUAUCCUUUUUUAGUCAACUUUCUGCUGCAUGGAAUAUCAUAGGUGUUUUUGUCCUUAUGAUUCUCAUUCCAACUGUUGCAACUGAGAAGGCAAGUGCCAAAUUUGUUUUCACUUGCUUCAACAUGGAUAAUGGAGAUGGAAUCCACAGCAAACCUUACAUAUUUGUUCUUGGGCUCCUAAUGAGCCAGUAUACCUUAGGUGGGUAUGAUGCAUCUGCACAUAUGACAGAGGAGACAAAGAAUGCAGAUAUGAAUGGACCAAAGGGAAUAAUAAGCUCAAUAGGCAUAUCCAUUGUUGUUGGAUGGGCUUACAUACUUGGUAUCACAUUUGCAGUAACAGACAUUCCAUACCUUUUGAGCAGUGACAAUGAUGCUGGUGGUUAUGCCAUAGCAGAAGUAUUCUACCUAGCUUUCAAGAGUAGAUAUGGCAAUGGAGUUGGGGGAAUUAUAUGCUUGGGAGUGGUUUCUGUUGCCAUAUUUUUCUGUGGCAUGAGUUCUAUGACAAGUAACUCCAGGAUGGCAUAUGCAUUCUCAAGAGAUGGAGCUAUGCCUUUUUCAUCAUUGUUGCAGAAAGUGAACAAGCAUGAGGUCCCAAUAAAUGCAGUUUGUCUCUCUGCAUUUAUCUCAUUUUGUAUGGCAUUGACGUCUCUGGGAAGCACAGUGGCAUUUCAAGCAAUGGUUUCAAUUGCAACCAUUGGACUCUAUAUAGCCUAUGCGUUACCAAUCUUCUUUAGGGUGACAUUAGCCCAGAAAACUUUUGUUCCAGGACCCUUCAACUUGGGCCGAUAUGGAAUCAUUGUUGGCUGGGUUGCAGUUCUUUGGGUAUUAACAAUCACCGUUCUCUUCUCUUUGCCUGUAGAGUAUCCCAUUACGAAGAACACUCUCAACUAUGCUCCUGUUGCAGUUGGCGGCCUUGUUAUUCUCAUUGUUUCUUCUUGGAUCAUCAGUGUUCGGCACUGGUUUAAAGGUCCCAUCACCAACAUAGAUAUUUGAA